UUAUUAUAUCCUGUGAAAUGAUUUCCUGAAGGCUAGUCUGAUUUUCUUAAGUGAAGUCUCAGGAUGAAAUUCAACUACUUACUGGUGUUUGUCUUCACAUUGGUGAUUUUGUGCAAAUUUUUCAAAAAUGCUGAACUCAAGUCUUUACAGAAUCAGUUUCACAGUGAUGCCAUUGUGACGCAUUGGCCUAUUCAACAGACUGAUUCAAAAGCCACUGGCAAUGAAGAGAAUGAACCAGGAUUUAUGCGUCGUCAGUUGCUGAAAUUUGGUGAAAUGGCAAGUAAAAUAGGCAACACCAUGGGAGAGCACGCAACAAAAAUAACAUCGUUCAUCGACAAACUCUGCGAGAUCUUCAAAACGGUGGUACCACUGCUAGCUGCCGUAUGUCACGUUGGCCAGUUUAAGUUUUGCGCAGCAACUACAGAUGCUCCUGCUCAAUUGGGAGAAGCUCUCAACCCCGGGUCUCUCAAUCUCAACAUACCGGAUUGAGAAUCGUGGAGUACAAAUUGUGUUUCAAAAAUAUGCCAAUAAUUAUAUCUGGAAUGUGUGAAUUUUAUUUGAAAUGAUAUAAAUUUAUCUAUAUUGA